GGUUGAGGCUCAUUUUACUGAGAGAAAGAGACAGGUUGGAUCAUGGCUGGACUAGUUUAUCCUCAAUACCCAGUGUUCCCAGGAUACAGACACCCCUACAGGCAACACCCCCCACUCUACAAGCCCAAGCAGCAAUACUGGAAACCCCCAUACAAAGGGGCCCCAGGGCCUUUGAAGCCCACAAAUCCUCUGGACUGUUUGGAUGGGUACAAGUGGGCUCAGCUGAAGGCUUUGCUGAGUCAACUAGGCCCAGAGUUUGGCUUGGGCAGGCGUUUCACUAAAGAAGUGGGGGUGCAGGUGAACCCCCGGGUGGAUGCAUGUAUUCAGUGCUCUCUGGGGCCCCGGACCCUAAAGAAUUGCAAGGCUGGGUCCUUCCUGUUCCAUGCUGCACCAGGGCAACAUGCUGGUUUGGGCAUUAUAGCGCCAGUCAGAUUCCCACUCACUGUAGCAGUGUAUUCCCGCUUGUCUGAUCGUAGGCUCUUCACCCUGCCCACCUUUACCAAUGGGGGAAAGAAGGAGUGUGAGACCCAGAUGGACCCCGCAGAGGAGGAUCUGGUGCUCAAUAGGCCGGCCUUCCAGUUCCUGGAACAGAAGUAUGGCUUCUUCCACUGCAAAAACUGUCAGACUCGAUGGGAAAGUGCCUACGUGUGGUGUGUAUCAGGAACCAACAAGGUUUACUUCAAACAGUUCUGCCACAAAUGCCAGAAGGGGCACAAUCCAUACUAUGUGGAGUCAAUAGAGUGUAAGAGGUGCAAGAAGGCCUGGUGUUCAUGUCCUGAGAGGAGACACAUUGACCUGAAAAGACCUCAUUGCCAGGAGCUGUGUGGCCGUUGCAAGGGCCAGAGACUCUCCUGUGACAAAACCUACAGCUUCAAGUACAUCAUCUAGCCCCGUCCCCAGACCUGCACUGUAAGCUGCGACUCCUGAGCAAGGGAACGAGUUUUGCUUUAGAAAUGGCUCAUAGAAUAAGUUUUUGUACUAUAGAAUCUCUUUUCUUUAUGUAAAGAUAUUUGUAAAUAAAUUUCUUUGUUUUUGAACCUGAGUCCAUUAACUGUUGAUAGAUUUGUCUCACAAACAAACAUAGGAUAUGGGGGAGGGGUGGGGCUUAUGUAUAUAUGAGCUGUCUGUAUUGCACACAAGCCUUAUUCUAUGUUUAAAUUACCCAAAAAGCACUUUAUCUCAUAAUAAAAAAUGUAAUUUGCUGUCA